CUACAAGUGAAUUAAUCAGAAAAUGCUGAUCAUAUUUUACAUUCUGCUGAGCUUCGGGGUUGGUCGAAGCACAGAUGAGCUGUUCUUUGGAACGAAGAGUCUUGGUAUUGGAGAUGAUGUGACUCUGACAUGCCCGCGCCUGACAUCUGAACUUGAAGCAACCUUGUAUUGGAUCAGGAUUGUUUCUGGAAACUUGCCUGAAUUCUUGGGAGGAACAUUUACCUUUGAUUAUGGUGGUGUUAACAAGACUCCUCACAUUACAGCAAAACAAGGGCCUGGAACAUUUACUCUGGAAAUUAGUCAAGCUAAGCUAAACGACUCUGGUCUUUAUUACUGCAUAAAAGUAGAUCAACUCGACAUGGAAUUUUUGAAUGCAACAUUUCUCAAAAUUAAUGGGCCAGAUCCAGCGAUCACUGACAUCAUUCAGUUGCCUCAAUCUGGUCCCCUCCAUCCAGGAGACCCAGUGACUCUGCAGUGUUCAGUUCUCUCCAACUCCAAGAAAAAAACGUGUCCUGGGAAUCACCGAGUGUUUUGGUUCAGCCCUGGAGCUGAUAAAUCUCAUCCCAACUUAAUUUAUGCUGAUGAAAAUAGCUGUGAGAGGAGUCCAGAGGCUUCCUCCACACAGAAAUGUGUCUACAGCUUCUCCAAGAAUGUCAGCUCCUCUGAUGCUGGGUCUUACUACUGUGCUGUGGCCACAUGUGGACAGAUACUUUUUGGAAAUGGAACAAAACUGGACAUUAAAGCAUUCAGCAUGUGGGACUUGCAGAAGGCAAAUACAGCUCUCUCUCUCUUGUCUGCUGCUUUGGCUACAAGUCUGAUUGUUAUAGCCUCCCUCAUUUAUAUCAUCAAGAAGAAAACUUGCAAUUGUUGUUUCACAUUAUUGGUUUGUUUCAAACAAACAGAUGUUGGAACAAUCAGUGGUGACCAGCAGAGUCAGCAGAAAGUUGAAGACUCUGUGGUUUAUUCGGCAGCAACUUUCACCUGGAACAAAACGACCAAAGUACCGCAAAGGAGUUCCAGACAAGCAGAGAAAGAAACAAUCUACUCUGAUGUCAGUGUAACAGAUAAAUAA